AUGACUUUAUCGUUCACCCAGGUGGAACAGUGGCUCGAUGACCAUCCAGAACACGCUGAGGAAUAUUUUGUGCGUAAAGGUACCGCGCGAAUGGUUCAACUAUGGAAUGAAGCGAGGGAAGAGUGUGCUGAUGUCUUUGACACAAAUGUUGAACUUAUUGAGAACUGCGGUAGAAGAACAAUCGGAGAAAAAAACUUUCGUUUCAACGAUACUGUAGAUAUUAUAAAUGCGAGCGAGGAAGGGGAAAGUGAAACGGGUCAGCCAACAGCUCGGUCAUUACCUAUAACUCGCAGGUACUCUGAACCGCAGCGUCAGGGGAAUCCGAAGCGGCAACUUGGUUUGGGUUAUGGAGGCAAGCAGUUUUUUACUAAACCAGUAUCUUCCAGUGUUGUUGAUUCUCUAGAUCUGAGUACUUGUGAAAUUCGGGAGGAAAAAACAAGACGAGUGAGAAGUCCCCCUUCACGACUGCUUCGGAAAACGAAAUCGCUGCCGAAUUGUGGACAACAGCAUGUAUUGGGGGCACUAAUUGAGUCAAAAAUUCGUCUACCAUCUUCAAUCGGCCUGAACGCCGAGACAAAGCUAGAUUUAAAGAAUAACAAUGAAAGGCAAUUCUUCUUUGAGAUUGUACGGGACAUAGCGAACGAUCUGGACCUAACGACUCUUAGUUAUAAAAUAUUAGUCAAUGUUGGGAUUCUAACAAAUGCUGAUCGGUGCUCAUUGUUUCUCGUGGAAGGACCUAAAGGUAAACAGUCACUGGUUUCAAAGGUUUUUGAUGUGCAAGUUGGAGGGCCGAACUCGACUUCUAUUAAGGAUUUCAUAGACCAGCAGAAGGAAAUUCGAGUGCCUUGGGGCAAAGGACUGGUGGGAUACGCGGCUGAAACUGGAGAGACAGUUAACAUCCCCGAUGCGUAUGCGGAUCCUCGCUUCAACAAGGAGGUUGAUCGCCAGACAGGUUAUCAUACCAAGAGCUUGCUAUGUAAGCCAGUGAAGAACAAUGAAGGGGAGGUGGUGGGUGUGGCUCAGAUAAUCAACAAAAUGCCUGGACCUGUACCAUUUACACAAGAAGAUGAAGAGGUCUGUGAAAUGUAUCUGACGUUCUGUGGAAUCGGAAUCACCAAUGCAAAGCUGUUUGAGCUAUCAGCAAAGGAAUUCAACAGAAAUAGGGCAUUGCUGGAGCUUGUUCAUGACAUCUUUGAAGAACAGACCUCUCUGGACAAGGUAGUACAUAAAAUUAUGAGACGUGCAUUGUCAAUGCUGAAAUGUGAACGAUGUUCAGUUCUUCUGUUGAUGCAUCCAGUCCUUGGCAACAGUCUGGCAGAGGAAAGAUCACAGGAUUUACGAAUUACUAAAGUAUUCAAUCUGCGAGUGUCAGGAGGUCGCAACAGUAAUAGCACAAUUUAUAGUGAAGGAAGAGAUGAUGGUUCUUUUAGUACUAGAAUAGCCAAACUUGUUGCAUCCACUGGAAAGACUCUUAAUGUUCCUGAUGCUGCACAAGAUCAGAGGUUGAAGAGAAUUAUUGCAAUGAGCUCUGACAAUGGUGUUGAUGCUCGUCGCCCAAUAUUGUGUAUGCCAAUUAGAAACAACAAGUUUGAAAUUAUUGGUGUUGCUCAGUUAAUCAGCAAACUGAACAACAAACCAUUUGAUGAGAGCGAUGAAACCUUAUUUGAGGCAUUUGCCAUUUUUUGUGGCCUUGGGAUUCACAACACCAUGAUUUAUGACCAAAUGGCAAAGGCAAAAGCCAAGCAACAAGUAGCAAUUGAGGUUCUUUCUUACCAUGCUGCUGCUAAGAGAGGUGAACUUGAGAGAUUGAAGAACACAACAGUGUCAAAAGCUGAAGAAUUCAAAGUAGACAGUUUUCAGUUUGAUGACUUUUCGCUGGAGCCUGAUCAGAUGCUUCAAGCCUCACUCAGGAUGUUCAUUGAUUGUGGCUUCAUUGAUGAAUUUCACAUAGACUAUGAGAUUUUAUGUAGGUGGUUGUUGACAGUUCGGAAGAAUUACAGAAAUGUGAUUUACCACAACUGGAGACACGCCUUCAAUGUAGCUCAGUCAAUGUUUUGUAUGCUCACGACUGGAGGUAUGAAUAAGUUUAUGAGCAAUCUGGAAUGUCUUGGAUUGAUUGUUGGGUGUCUGUGUCAUGACCUGGACCACAGGGGAACCAACAACGCCUUUCAGACCAAAACUGACUCGCCGUUAGCCAAGCUUUACACCACAUCUACUUUAGAACAUCAUCACUUCAACCAUGCUGUGAUUAUUCUUAGCACAGAGGGUCACAACAUUUUCCAGAAACUAAACGCGGACGAAUACAGACAAGUUAUAAGUUAUAUAAAGCACUCGAUCCUAUCGACGGAUUUAGCCGUCAAUUUCAGGCAGCGGUCAAUUCUCUUUCCUCUGGUUGAAAGAGGAGAACUUGAUCCCACAAUCCCGGAUCACCGAGACAUGCUUAAGGCAAUGAUGAUGACUGCUUGUGACCUCAAUGGCACCACAAAGCCAUGGGAAAUACAGAAAGAGGUAGUCCAUCUUGUGACAAGCGAGUUCUUUCAACAAGGAGAUCUUGAGCGAAGCACACUCAAGAUGGAACCGUCGGCCCUCAUGGACAGGCAAAAGGUCGACGAACUACCUGCACUCCAGGUGCAGUUCUUCGAAACGACAGGAAUUCCCGUCUUCAAGUGCUUGGCUACAUUCAACCCAAAGAUUCGACCUCUCCUUGAUGGCGCAGAAUCCAACAAGAACCGCUGGUGUGAGUUAGAGAAAGAACGGCAGGCGCGGCAAAAGGAGGAAGAAGAGAACAAACACCAACCAAUAACGUGACACUGCUGGCGUACUUCCUUCUUCUAUUCAUCGUAUUCGUUACCGUACCAGCAAAUGGUCGGAAUCAAUCGGAACUCAAUCGGAAUUCAAUCGGAAUUCAAUCGGCUCAUCUUUAAAAGCUGUCAAUUGCUUCAAGGUGUCGUGGGGAAUUCGCCACUGAUUGGUCCAGUGGCCUCGUACAGCCAUUUUUUCUUUUGCAAGAUGUCUGAUUUUAAGUCCUUCUCGAUAUCAAGUCACUUCGAAGACUUGGUAACCUCAAGGAAUUAUUAUUAUUGUUAUUAUUAAAACAUAGGAAGGAACCCUAUUUUGUAUUUAUCGUUAGGGAUGGGAAUGAAUAGUCUCAAAAUCGCAGUAUUGUAUUUUUUCUACGAAGAUUCUUUAUCCAUUAAGCAAAUGAUUAGUUAGGUAAUAGGGAAACAUUUUUAAUUAUCUCUGCCAAGCUUGAACGACACGCCUCAAUACUCCAACUGCGAUGAACUGAAUAACAAGCGUAUCGCGAGAUGAAGGUAAAACUCUCGAUUUGAUAAUCUUGAGCUCGUUGUCUGAAUUCUCGUAGCUGUCUAUGUAGUUAAAAUGGUUAUUUCAUUUUCACUGAGCUGUCAGGUGUUAAUAAGUCUCGUGCCCAGACCUUCCACGAGUAAGCAUUUCAGUUACGGUUACAAGGUUGGAUCUGGAUACGAGAUAAAUCAGGUGUAUCUACUAUAAGUGAGUGUUAAGGUUGUUGGGGCCCAUUUUUAUGGUCUCGGGUACCCGAGACAACUUUUCCUCGAGUUAUCCUGGCAGGGCUAACUUUCCGCUUACUUCUUUGAAAAAUUCAACCAAUCAUUUACACGAAAAAAUUGUGAAGUCGUCUCGGGAGGCGAGACACCCUUUUCUUAUAUAAAUACUUCGGCGCUCUUAACUGAGAAGAGUCGGCAUACAAUUUUAGAGAGACUUUUAAGGGAACAGCUGUCACAACUCAAAACUUCAUAUAAACGCUCCGUUAAGUUGUCUCGAGGGAGGGUUGUCUCGGGUAAGAGAGACCAUAUAGAGCCUAAGAGAGGGUAACUUCUCGAUCUUUAGGGAACGCGAGUGUUGAUAUUUUUGAGACGUUAACGGAUAAUGGAAGACUACUGGAUUUUUUCUUUUUUGACACUUCACUUCCGGUUGCGCAAGCUUCUCGAGAACGCCUUUGCCAAGACGUAGUUUUGUUGUGAACACAGCUUUAUUUAUUAGUUAGUUUAUAAGAUGCCAAUGGUGGCUCCUAAAAUUAACGUUUUGGCUCAGUCGUAACCGACCACUGCCGUAAAUAAAGGAAAACAGAAGUUGCUUCCAGCACUGAAAACCAGCAUAGUCUCCUCAAGAUGUAUUUGUAUUCCACUCUUGGAGAUGACUUUGAUUUUAUCUUUCGAUACAUGAUUUCUUUAUUUGCCAUUUUCUUUACGCUCAUAUUUAUUUCUAUUAGGAUAUGUCUUACUUCGCGACUUUUUCCGCCUCUGUAGGAAGACAGAACGAAAAUCAAAUGCUGGUGUAAUCUAUUUGUGGCUUUUCGUUGUGUUCGAAUAAAGCGGAAAGUGUAGGAGACGAACAAUGAAAAUGUAAAAUAACAACCCAAAAGACAGAUGAGAUUUAGUGGAAGAAAUAAAGUCUUGUAAAAAGAGA